CAAUUACGAAAGCAAAAUCAAAAGCUCUUAAACCCAACCAAAAGAACAAACAACUCCAAAUCCACAAUUCGAUUUCACCAAGAACUUAAAAUCACACAGAUCCAUUCCCGAAUUCAGAUUUGUCUAAAGGGUUUAUCUGAUUCGUUCUCUCUCUGUGAUCUGUAAGUAAAGUUCUUACCUUUAAAGAAUGUCUCAGAAACAUCUAGAGCCAUCACGAAGCUCAAUUGAGUCUUGCACUUCACAGCUCCUCUCAUGGCGACCAUUUCAACGCUCCAAAACCCUAGACUCACCUGACCAUCCACCGCAGACCAAUGGGUUUCACUCCACUACUAAACGCCCUUGCUUCUCCGAUCGAUCCACUUCUUUCUCCAUCGAAGCUAUGAGCCGUCUCUCACUCGCCGACGACGACAAUGGUGGGAAGACGUUAUCAGCUUCCAAUUACAGCAAUAGAGGAAGUUUCCGGUUAGUAGCGAGGAAGCGACGGCGGCGUAACUCGAGAUCGGUGUCUGGUCGGAGUAGUGAUCGGAGUGGGACUCGGAGAUGUUGCUCCAUUGGAGCUCAUGGGACUUGCUCGGAUUUGCCUUUCGCCGUCGGUACAGAUUCGAGUGGAGAGCUUUUUGGUGAAGCGAAUUGGGGUUCUGAUGUGAGUGAGGCGGCGAGGAAUUCACGGAGAGAGCGGCGAGAUUCCGGCGGUGAGAAGGAAGCUUCUGGAGGAUUCGGAUUCGCCAUUGGGAUUGAUCCGAUGGGGAAUGAGUCUGGGUAUGGGAGUGAACCUGGUUACAGAGGUGAUGCUGAGUUUGGUUAUGGUGAUGAGUUCGAUGAUGAAGAAGAAGAUGUUAAGCCAUUGUUUUGGGGAGCAGAUACAGAUUCAACAAUGGGGAUGGCUGGUGAUACGAAAUUCUCAGAUAAUAAACCUCAGUUCAGGUGCCGCCGCAGAAGACAACAUGACUACAAAACUGUUGACUCCAUGAGAUGAACUCAAGAAGCACAUUACUAUGCAAUCGAAGCCAAGUCGGACUUCCGACUAUUGGGGGAGCAGGUUUUAAUAUGAGAUGGACAUUACCAUUCAAUUCGAAACCAACCCUGACCUCUGGUUAAUAUGGAAGCUUUUCCGGUCUGGUUGAAAUACGAUCAGCUCAUCCGCGCUAAUGAUGAUUCGCAUACACAAGGCAAGAAGUCUUGUUGGAGAAACUUUGCAGGUUUUAUAUGCAUUUUGACUCCUGAAAAUAUAGAGCGCUCUCCUCAAGUAAAUUUUCUGGAGACAUGGAACAGGUUCACAUAGGUAGUGACUUAAUGUUACAACAAUCAAUGAAAAUACCAAAAUUGGUUUAUAGUC